CUCACUUCUGCACAGUGUAGGAAGGAACUGUUUUACCAUGUCUCGUAUGUCAUCUGUAGGUGUUGCUGACAAAUCACGUGCUGGUGACAACUUUUCUGGGAGUAGGAAGCGUAGGAUUGGUACUAUGGAGUCUGAGCUAGAGAAGCAUCUGGAAGAGACGAUGAAGAAUCCAGCAAUAGUUGGAGUUCUAUGUACAGAUGCUCAGGGCCUAACAUUGGGAUGUCGUGGAAGCCUGUCAGAUGAACAUGCUGGUGUUAUAUCUGUGCUAGCUAGUCAAGCUGCUAGACUGACUUCUGAUCCCACUGAUGUUCCAGUAGUGUGCUUGGAGUCUGAUAGUGGGAAUUUUCUAAUUAAGAAUCAUGAAAGCAUCACUGUGGCAGUUCACAAGAUGGCAUCUUGACUUGUUGAAUGUCUGAAGAUGAACUGUGCCGUUAAGGUUGUCUGAGCAUCCUGCCUUGUCACUCAUUUCUAAACUAAGCACAGAUUUUUUUUUGUUCCUUUGUGUUAUGUUGGGCCCCUUAACUUGUUGCAUUGCAAAUGUUUUAUAAAGAAAAUUUAUUAAUAACAUAAAUAUUUAACAACUUUUUAA